AUGCGCUUCGCCACCUUGUACCUUGCCGCCGGAUCUGUCCUGGCCACAGAGGCAGUCUCGUAUGUUCUCCCGCGUGACGGCUACAACACGGGGUCCGUCCCCCUUCCAUCACGCCUGUUGCAUCAUUGGCCUAAUGGUACCUGGGUGGAAAAUAUCUCUGUCCGACCGAAUGGUAACCUCCUGCUGACGACCUCCACCCCCAAUGGCACUGUCUGGCAUGUCAAGAACCCUUGGGACAAUGAACCCGAGGUGGAGUUGGCCUAUAACUUUGACGAGUGGGUCGACCGUCUGAUUGGUAUUGGCGAGUCAACUCCGGACAAGUAUGUAGUCGUAGGCUCGCGAUUCUACAGCCCUGGCCCUUUUUCCAGCCAGGUGGACAGAACCUUCUGUGCCAUGGAACUCGACUACAGCGCAGAUCCGAAAGGUGCUCCUAAGGCGCGACUGAUCGCCUGGUUCCCGGAGGCGACCCUUCUCCAAUCUGUUGCUGCCCUGCCCUGGAACCACUCAACUGUGCUCAUAUCCGACCAGUAUGUCAUCCGUGGUCGAUAUGAGCAGAUCGACUGGACACCUAGCCCUGGACAGAUUUGGCGCCUGGAUACCAAUACAGGAGAUCAUACUAUCGUUGCCACCAACUACUCUGAGAUGAACACCACUUAUCACCACGGCGAGGAUGUUGGUAUCGACGGAAUCAAGAUUCUUGACGACUAUCUGUAUUGGGUAAACCAGGACGACGGUGGUAUCUACAAGUUACAGAUUGAUGAGGACGGUGUCCCCCUGGCUCCCGGCAAGGCUGAGCUUGUGUCAAAGGUCGACGAUCAGCUGUGGGAUGACUUUGCCUUCGGCCCUGGUGACGAGAAAAUAAUCUGGGCGACUGGUUAUAACUCCAUCUGGGCUGUUUCAAUCGACAACGGUACGGCUAUGGUUGUUGACGGUGUCGGGACGAGCGAUAAUCUGACCUUUCCUGGCCCGACUGCGGCCCAAUUUGGCAGGACUCAGGACGACUGUCACAUCCUGUACGUCACUGGAAAUUUGUACUCGGUCCCCGACAACCUCCUGAACUUGGUCAUGGGUGGAUGGGUCAGAGCCAUUGACACUACUGGCUUCCACUUCUCAUAG